CUCCUCGUUGGGGGAGGGGAAGGAGAUUUGAUAGGGGUGAAUGUGAAGCAAGGAGACUCAUUCCAUAAAGCAGCUUGGCGCGGACUGUGUGCCUCGCGCGCUGGCUUGGGAAUGAGCAGGGCCCUGGGUCUCUCUGCCUGCACUUUGUCUAGUCAGCUGUCUGGAGAGGCUGGAGAACAGGGGGGAGAAGAGGGCGGCUUCUGGAGCCAGACUGCUUGCCUUUGAGUCAUGACUCUUCUGUUUACUGGCUUUGUACUCUGCCUUUGGUUCCUCAUGUGUAAAAUGGGAGCACCAAUAAUAUUGGGCUCCCUGGGUGGUUGUGGGGACUCGGUGAAUUCAUUGUGCCUUGUUGUCAGUGUUGAGAAAAGUCAGGAGUUGUUAUCGCUGCCAAGAUCUGGUUUCCAGGGUGCACUCACUGGGUCGGCUGUUUCGUCUUAGUUUAACACUAACUUGAGGUCUGUGGCUCUCUUUUCUUGUGCAAGCUGGGGUCAUAUUUGGAGAAACAAGUCUUUAUAAAGGUAAACGAGGAACAAAUCUCAUGUACUUAGAUAAAUUAUCAUAUAGAACUGUUUUUAAAAAUCUUUUUAGAAGAAGAAAGCUUCUAAUGAACCAGUCUAGAAUCCUGCAGUACUUAUUGUCCUGGGAGGUAGAUAGGAUUGUUGUUGACAGAAAUGAGAUGUCGAGCAGUUCUUGGGUAAUUCUCUACUUGAAUUAAACUAUCAAAGCCAUUGUUGUUAUACUUUUUUCUUUUUAAUUAAAUUAAUUAAUUAAUUAAUUUUGGCUGUGUUGUGUCCUUGUUGCCGCACGUGGGCUUUCUCUGGUUGCUAAGAGCGGGGUCUACUCUUCGUUGCAUUGUGAUGGCUUGUCUUGUUGUGGAGCACGGGCUCUAGGUACACAGGCUCAGUAGUUGUGGCACGUGGGCUCAGUAGUUGUGGCUCGCGGGCUCUAGAGCGCAGGCAGAGUAGUUGUGGCACACGGGUUCAGUUGCUCCGCGGCAUGUGGGAUCUUCCCAGACCAGGGCUCAAACCUGUGUCCCCUACAUUGGCAGGCAGAUUCUUAACCACUGUGCCACCAGGGAAUCCCUGUUGUUAUACUUCACAGUGUUAUCCUUGUAACGGAAAAGAUACUUUAUUAACAAACUAAGUGACAGUGAGGGCAUAAGCACCAGAAAAUGAGGACUUGGCAUUAUCAGUGCUGUAACAUUCUGUCUUGCUAAGCUGUUGGAAGGAAUAACUUAACUUGCUUCAGAACAAAGUGGAAAAAUUCGUCAUGUUUCCCAAGGAGAUGGUUCUCUUUCUCAGGUCUAGGAAGAGUAUCUUAGCCUUACCCUAGAUCACUUCAUCUCAUCCCCUUUAUCUGUGUGACACUAAGACUAGCAGGGACCCCCCACACACACUUUAAGGAGAGUCUUUGGGCAUUUGUGGAGUCUAAGGUUGAGAACAUUUGAUGUUCAGAGUGAAUGGUAACGAAAUAGCUUCUGUGAGCAAAUUUUAAAAUAUCUAAAGAUAGAUUUAAAAACGUCCAUCCCCGCCUUCUUUCCUGCAUGUGUGCUGGUGUGGGCUGUCCUUGAACAAUGUAAUAACAGUGAAUUCAGUGUGUUGUUAAGCCUCCACCUGGUUCUUUGUUGCUUUUGAAGAAAAAUGUCCGUGUAAAGAUGAAAAAAUUAAAAAAAUGUUUCACUAGGAGAACAUUCUCAUAGUGAAAUAUCUAGUUUUACUAGCAAGAUAGCUUUGCUGUGCCUGUUCACUGACCCAUGUGGCCAUUUGUUGAGGGUCUUACACGCUCCCACUCAAAGUUGGCUCUGUGGGUCUCCUGUCUCAGGAGCUCAGCCUGGGUGUCGCAGCGCUGGGCCUGGCGACACCUGGCAGAGCUGGACUGGGCUGCCCUGCCUGGAGGUCUCUUCUCCUGUUAUCCUUCUUGCUCCCCUGGUAAAGUCUGCACCCUCAGCUGUGGGCUGUCUCUGCUCCCUCCUAUGCCUGCCUCACCGUGCCUCCCAUCAGCCUCUGGGACUCGCCCUUGAUGUCACCUGGCAGCUCUGGCCUGCUCCCCGCGGUUGUUUCUGACCCUGACUGCUGUCCUGCAGCCACACUGUUUCACCCUGCUGAGAAGAGCCUCCUCCCUUGGGCCUGCAGCCUUAGCUCACUCCUGCUUCUGCUGUGCUCACGCCUCAGCCUUCCAAACACUGCGCCAGACGAGGGUCUCUAAGCUACAGCCACUGACAGGCCCUUGGCCUGUCUUUGUAAAUAAAGUUUUAUUGCAACACAGCCACCCUGGUUUAUUUUUGUAUCAUCUGUGGCUUUACGCGGGCCUCUCACUGUUGUGGCCUCUCCCGUUGCGGAGCACAGGCUCCGGACGCGCAGGCUCAUCGGCCAUGGCUCACGGGCCCAGCCGCUCCGCCGCAUGUGGGAUCCUCCCGGACCAGGGCACGAACCCAUGUCCCCUGCAUCGGCAGGCGGACUCUCAACGACUGCGCCACCAGGGAAGUCCUCAUCUGUGGCUUUUUUGGCAGACUUGACUAGUUGCAACAGAGACUUCAUGGCCCACAACACCUAAACUGUUUCCUGUCUGGCCCAUUUUCAGAAAAAGUUUGCUCUAGAAGUUCAGAGGGAGAAGGACUGCAGGGGGGGGCUUCAAGGAAGAGGUGGUCUUUGAGCUGAACCUCAGCAGGAGGUGAGUGGGGGAAGGAUGGAGGACACUGCAGCACUACAGACAGAAAGGGUUUCAGGUCUUGGGAGUAAAGGCAAGAGGUGGCUCAUGUGUGGUUUGUGGGGUUAGAAGUUUGUAUAAGGAAUAAGAGGAAAUAAGGGUUAUAACGUGAAGAUCUUUGAACUUAGGUGAAGGACUUUAGAUUUCAGUUCUCUGGCUAUGGGGAGCCACUUCAGGUCUGUGAGUAGGGGAAGUCCUGAUAAAAUGGGUUAGGAACGUGUACCUGGCCGUGAUGCGUAGGAUGGGUUGGGGAAGGAAGAAAUCAGGGAGUUUAUUGGGCAGCUUUCUCUAGAAAGACUGCAGUAACAAGUCAGAGGUUUAUUUCUAGCUCACAUUUCAUUUGCUUGAGGCUCUUUUCUGAGAGUCUUCAUUGCUGGAUCGGGGACGUGCCCUUGUUUGGGACACGCUAUUCUUAUGGCAAGAGAGUGGCAGAGACUCAGCCUCUCUUUGAGCUUCAGCUUAGAACCGGAGACUCAAGUUCUGUGGCCAAAGCAGGUCUCCUGGCCCAGCCCCGGGAGAGGAGAUACGUCCCACGGCCAGGGGCAGGCUGUAGGAUGGACAGCCCUCUUACAGGGAGGGUGGCCAAAUAACCAGAGCCAAUGCUAGGACCACCCCAAGGGAGCAGACAAGUGCCAGCCGCACUUCUUCCCUUAGCCGCCUGCGCGGAAGCCCUGCAGGCGUCUCAGGCCUUGCCUCCUGCCUCACUUCUAGCCUUGGCCGCCUGGUGCUCUGGGCCCAUCAUGUGCUAGGUUCUUCCCCCGCAUGCUGCUGCUCCCUGCCUUGCUCGUCGUACCUUCCACGUAGUUAAUGAAUCCCCCUUCCUCUGGCAGCAGGGCCAGCUGCCAGGCGGGGCCUGUGCCUGUCUCGUCCGCACUGUGGCGGUGCCUCCUGGCUGGACCCCCUCACCUCUAUCUUCCACGCAGCUGCUCAGGGCAUGUGUGCAGGUCAGUGUUCUCAUCCAGCGGUGGUUCAUCUGGAGACAUUUGCGGUCGUCCCAACUGGGAGCAGGUGCAGCGGCAGCGAAUGUGUGGAGGCCAUCCCGUGCCACCCAGGAUGCUCCGCGGCCGAGGAGCAGGCCCCGGGCAUGUGUGCCAGUCGUGCUGCUGCUCUGCCCUCCUCCCCGGCUCGCCGUGCCCCCUGGACUGCUGUCCGUGGCCCAGCGUGCCCCGACUCGCACCCAGCGCUCCGGCGACUCUGGCUGAGCACCGCCAGGCCCAGCCCUGCUCCGCAUUCUCUCUUCUCCUCACACAAGCAGGGCUCGGGUGGCUCCUUAGGCCCUCACUGGGGCCUGCCUGGGGCCUGAUCUGUCCCCAUGCCAGGCACGCUCUGCACAGCCUCCAGUUGUCCGCCUCUGCACAGGGAGUCCUCGAGGGCAGCAGACUCAGUGCCUCGUGUAGCAUUUCCUUUGUGUCUUAACAUCAGCAGGGAUGGACGCCUUUGGGUGGGAGUCACCGUUGUGCUUCCCAGGUUGACACAGCAGUGGCUGCUUCCAGCUACCUGAGGCCUCUCAUCUCUUGCUUUCCUAAGUGUAAAUGUUUUAAUUCUCAUAGAUUCUUUUCAUUUUUGCUCCUUAAAAGGUUAAAAAAUUUUGUACUACGUAACAUCUUCAGGGUUUGAAGGCACAGAGGGUGCACAGUGUAGCUGUCUGUUGCCUCCAUCCCUUCUCUGCCCCCAGAAGCCUGGUCCCCUGGAGGCACCCACUCCAUCUCCUUCUAGAGAUACUUUGUUGUAACUAUGCACGCAAACAUGUAUAUGUCUUCUUUUUUUCCCGCUCUUUUCUUUAAAAAAUUUUUCGUAACCUCGCCUUUUUAACUAAAUGUGUUUGGGUUUGGGAAGUCACUCCAUAUCAGUACAUUUUCCAGUUCAUUCUUUUUCAUGACUACAUCGUGUCUGGCUGUGUGGAGGUGCUAUAAUUUAUCUAACCAGCCCCUGCUGGUGAACAUCAUAUUUUGCGCAGUUAAAAUCAGGCUGCAGGCACAGCAUUGUGGACAUGUGCACGUGUGCCUGUGGGGCCCAUCCCUAGAAGUGACAUCUCUUUGUUUAAUCACUGUUGAUUCUGUUAGAUCAGGUUUUGCUUUUGUUUCUUAAUGUCUUUAACUGUACUUUCUGUGGUCAUUUAUUUCUCCCAGUUAUCUGUCUGUAUUUUAAAUAAUAUAGGAUGGUCAGAUUAGGUGAGUUUCUCAGUUGGAAAUUGGCUCACCUUUCAUGUGUUCUUAUAGGUAGGAGUGACUAGGAAAACAUAUGCACACAAAAACUUGUACACAGAAGUUCACAGUAGCAUCAUUCAUAAUAGCCAAAAAGGGGAGACAACCAAAAUGUCCAUCAACAGACGAAUGGGCAAACAAAGUGUGUUCUGUCCAUACAGUGGAAUAUUAUUUGGGAAUAAAAAGAAAGGAAGUACUGAUUCAUGCUACAAUGUGGAUGAAUCUUGGAACAUGAUGCUGAAUGAAAGAAGCCAGACACAAAGGUCUGGCUUUGUACGGUUCCAUUGAUAUGAAAUGCCCCAAACAGGCAAACCCAUAGGGACAGAAAGUAGAUUAGUGGUUGCCAGGGGCUGGGAAAUGACAGCUAAGGCGUAUGGGGUUUCUUUUUGGGUAAUGAAAAUAUUCUAAACUUGACUGUGGUGAAGGCUGUGCCUAUCUGUGAAUAUACUGAAAUAUUCUAAAAUUGUAUGCUUUAAAUGGGUGAAUUGUAUGGUAUGUGAAUUACAUCUCAAUAAAGCUGUUAAAAAUAAGAGUGAUUAGGAUUUUUAAGGAGGGAGCGUUCCAAGGGGGGGCCCAAGGCCUUAGAGUUGACUCUGUCCUGGGCUUGUGGUGAGAAGUCCAGUGGGCAGCACGGUGACGCCCGGAUCGGCCUUUGAGAUACUGGGUAUAGUGGACACAGCACUGUUCCCACUGCGGAAGACUUGAGUUCAGCCUUGACUCAGUCCCCGAGGAGUGUGGUCCAUCACCGAUUUGAAGACUCAGAAUUGUUACGAUGUUAGUUUUCUUCAUGUUGAUGGGUAGAUUCAAUGCAACUGCAAGCAAAAUCAUAGCAGCCUAUUCUGGAGAAACUGAGAAGCUGAUUCUGAAAUUCAUAUGGAAAUGCAGAGGACCUAGAAUAAUUAAAACAACUUCAAAAAUGAAGAGCAAAGUUGGAGGGCAACACUACCUGAUUUCAGACCCAGGGCAUUUGGGUCACCAAGAUGAGGUGUCUGUCCCAGAUUGGAGAAGGCUUUCUGGAGGAGGUGAUGCCUUAGCUGGCACUGAAACGAGGAGGGCAGCCAGAUGCACUGGAGGUGGUAGCCUUGCUGCUCUGGACCAGCCGGGAAGGAUGGCAGAUGAGUGAAAGGAGGUGCACAGGUUGAAGACAUUGAUUUGAGUUGUUCUCAGGUUAUGGGCGGUGCCUUCUCGACUGCUGCUGAGGGCAUCCCACUGACCUGCUGACAUCCGUCCACCUGGGUCCUCAGGAAAAGGCUGCGAUGUCCCAGACGCAGGACUACGAAUGCGAGAGCCAUCAUGCUGGCCUGCAGGAGCCUCGGCUUUCAGGAUCUAGCACGAGGCUGGAGUGGGUGGAGAUCAUCGAGCCGCGCACGCGCGAGCGCAUGUACGCCAACCUGGUCACGGGCGAGUGCGUGUGGGACCCGCCGGCCGGCGUGCGCAUCAAGCGCACCAGCGAGAACCAGUGGUGGGAGCUCUUCGACCCCAACACGUCGCGCUUCUACUACUACAACGCCACCACCCAGCGCACGGUGUGGCACCGGCCGCAGGACUGCGACAUCAUCCCCCUGGCCAAGCUGCAGACCCUGAAGCAGAACACCGACUCCCCCAGAGCCUCGGCUGAGAACAGCCCUGGGAGGGGCAGCAGCGUCAGCCACGACGGCAGCACCAGCUCGUCCCUGGAGCCCGAGCUGGAUGCCGGCGACAAGGUGCAGGAGAGUGUGGGGCGAGCCAGCCGGCAGGCCGUGCUCGGGGCGGUGAAGGAGGAGAGCGGCAGUUCCUCACCGUCAGGAGGUCUUCUUGAGAAGGACUAUGAGAUUUACCAGGACUACAGUGCGGACGGCCACCUUCUCCACUGCAGGACCUCCUCGCUCCGCUGGAACUCGGGCACCAAGGAGCGCAUGCUCAUCAAAGUUGCCGACAGGGAGCCCAGCUUCCUUUCCCCCCAGGGCAACGGCUACCCCCUGGACAGCCAGCCCAGGGGUCGCUCCCGCAGACCCUCUGGGGGACAGCACUCGCCCAGCCUACAGACCUUCACCUCCGACGCGGACGGCCCUGUCUUCUUCUCAGAGCGGAGGCCGUCACCCUUCCUGAAGAGGGCUGAGCUGGGGAGCUGCUCCCCACUGCUGGCCCAGCCCCGCAAGCCCGCCGCCGACUCUCAGCCGUCCUCCCCGCGUUACGCCUACGAGCCCCCCCUCUACGAAGAGCCCCCCGUGGAGUACCAGGCCCCCAUCUAUGACGAGCCCCCCAUGGAUGUGCAGUUUGAGGCCGGCGGGGGCUAUCAGGCCAGCUCGCCUCGGCGGUCUCCCAGCCGCAAGCCGCCCAAGCAGGCCUCGGCGUCGCCCUACCAGCAGCUGGUGCUCACCAGGCAGAAGUGCCCCGAGCGCUACCUGAGCCUGGAGUACAGCCCGGCUGGCAAGGAGUAUGUCCGCCAGCUGGUGUAUGUGGAGCAGGCCGGCUCCAGCCCCAAGCUGCGCGCGGGCCCGAGGCACAAGUACUCGCCCCACCCAGGCGGCGGCUCCCUCUCCCUGCAGCCCAGCCCUUGCCUGCUGCGCGACCAGCGCCUGGGGGUCACGUCCGGGGACUACAGCAGCAUGGAGGGGCCCGAGCUGCGGUCCGCCCAGCCGCCCAUGCCACUACCCCAGGCCCAGGACGAUGCCAUGUCCUGGUCCAGCCAGCAGGACACCAUGUCCUCGACGGGCUGCUCCCCCAGCACACGAAAGAGGAAGAGCAGGAACCCCUCUGCGUGCCACACCCCCAGCGCCCUGCCCACCGAGGGCCCCGGGGACCGCGACCCGCUUGGCCAGCAGCCCCUGACCGAGGAGCGGCCCCUGUGCGGCCCCAGCCUGGCGCCCACAAGGCGUGCAGAGGGCGAGGCGCGUGAGGGGGACGGGACCCGGGGCGAGGCCGAGCCCUUCCUGGCUCAGGCCCGGCUGGCCUGGGAGGCACAGCAGGCCCGCUUGCACAUGAAGCAGAGGGGCAGCUGGGACUCACAGCAGGACGGCUCGGGCUACGAGAGCGACGGGGCCGUGCCGCUGCCCAUGCCUGGGCCUGUGGUGCGUGCCUUCAGCGAGGAUGAGGCGCUGGCCCAGCAGGAGAGCAAAAAGCACUGGCAGAGGGCCGCCUCGGACCGGCUCGCCUUCCCCCAGGCCCUGCUCGAGAAGAGCGUGUCUGUGCAGACCAGCCUGGCCUCCCCGGAGCCCUACCUCCACCCCUCUCAGUCUGAGGACCUCGGCACCUGCGCCCAGUUCGAGAGCAGCCGGCAGACCCGGAGCGUGAUGCCCAGCGCCAGCUGCGUGUUCCCCACCUUCACACUUCGCAAGCCGUCCUCGGAGACUGACAUCGAGAACUGGGCCUCCAAGCACUUCAACAAACACACACAGGGCCUCUUCCGGCGGAAGGUGUCCAUUGCCAACAUGCUGGCAUGGAGCAGCGAGUCUAUCAAGAAGCCCAUGAUCGUGACCAGCGACCGCCACGUGAAGAAGGAGGCCUGUGAGGUCUUCAAGCUGAUCCAGAUGUACAUGGGCGACCGGCGCGCCAAGGCCGACCCGCUGCACGUGGCCCUGGAGAUCGCCACCAAGGGCUGGAGUGUGCAGGGCCUGCGGGACGAGCUCUACAUCCAGCUGUGCCGGCAGACCACCGAGAACUUCCGCCUCGAGAGCCUGGCCCGCGGCUGGGAGCUCAUGGCCAUCUGCCUGGCCUUCUUCCCGCCCACGCCCAAGUUCCACUCCUACCUGGAGGGCUACAUCUACCGGCACAUGGACCCCGUCAACGACACCAAAGUGACACAGCACAUGAAAGCGCUUCUGGAAAGGAACAGUAAGAAGAAGUCCAAGUUGAGAAAGAAACCCAAGCCUUAUGUUGAGGAGCCGGAUGGGGUGGCAAUAAGCACAUACGCCAAGUACUGUUACCACAAGCUGCAGAAGGCGGCCCUGACUGGAGCCAAGAAGGUGGCCCAGCAGGAGGCGCCUCUGGUGACUCAGGGGCCAGGGAGUUGGGGGUCCCCGGCUCGGGCCUGGGGCUCACAGGGACGAGAGGACAGAAGGAGGAAAGAGGGCGGUGCGCUGCAGGAGGUCAUGAGCAUGCAGAGGGAGCGCUUCCCCGAUCGGCAGCUGCCCUGGGUGCAGACUCGGCUGUCGGAGGAGGUGCUUGCACUCAACGGUGACCAGACGGAAGGCAUCUUCAGAGUCCCUGGGGACAUUGAUGAGGUGAAUGCCCUGAAGCUACAGGUGGACCAGUGGAAGGUGCCUACAGGCCUGGAGGACCCCCACGUCCCAGGUAAGCCCCCAGUCCCCUCAGCAGCAGGAGCAGCUCGGACGGUUCAGCCCUCCCUGCUUUCCGUCGUGAAGGGACAGCCCUCUGGUCCAUUUCCAGCACAGACGUCCCCCUGCCGUUGGACAGCCUCCGCGGCGCCUCCCUCCGCUUGCCUGCGCACGGUGGCUGCACAGCCUCUCUUGGUUCCCGGCGCUCGGGGUCAGUCCAGGCCCUCAGGACCAGGAGCCCGCAGGCCUCCGGCCGCGCAGUCCACACGGCUGGGUGGACACCUCCCGUCUGGUCCUGGCCCCUCGCCCCCACUCCCGACACACACGGCCGCUUUCGCCCCUUGCUGCUGGUGGGGCGGGUCCCCGACUGCCCCGCCCAGCCGAAACCCCCGCGCUGCGUCCCCAGCGUCGCUGCUGAAGCUGUGGUACCGGGAGCUGGAGGAGCCCCUGAUCCCCCACGAGUUCUACGAGCAGUGCAUCGCGCACUACGAGAGCCCCGAGGCCGCCGUGGCCGUGGUGCACGCGCUGCCCCGCAUCAACCGCCUGGUGCUGUGCUACCUCAUCCGUUUCCUCCAGGUGUUCGUGCAGCCCGCCAAUGUGGCCAUCACCAAGAUGGACGUCAGCAACCUGGCCAUGGUGAUGGCGCCCAACUGCCUGCGCUGCCGCUCGGACGACCCGCGCAUCAUCUUUGAGAACACUCGCAAGGAGAUGUCUUUCCUGCGCGUGCUCAUCCAGCACCUGGACACCACCUUCAUGGAGGGCGUGCUAUAGCGCGUGGGCACCGAGGGACCGAGGGUGGGGACAGAGCCUGCCCGGCUGCGCCCGGGCAGGGGGCACGCGGGGAGGGGGGAGGGGACGCCCGAGAAGCGGAGGUAGCAUGCCGGCUCCGCCCAUGCCCGCACCAGCCCUGGAACCCGCAUCCCCCGACCCGGGCCCUCGGCCUGAAGGCGCAACCAAGGCAGAGGGGCUGCGGGAAGGGCGCCUCUGCCCCGCCCCGGGCCUCGUGGCCGUGUCGUUCGGCGCUGCCGCGCCCACCGCCAGCCGCGGUCCGGCCGCGAGAAAGUGCCUUCUGUUUCCUGGAGCCAAGUGACCCUGCCCCUCCCGGCCGGCCCGAGAGCACAAGCCGCCCUUGCUGGGGUGAGCCGCCUUGCUGGGGCUGCUGCGCUCAGCUUGGCCCCGGCCCAGCCCGGCUGCCCAUCUUGCUCUUCCUCUGCCCUCCCCCUGACCUGGGGGGGUCUCCUGAUCUGCGACUUCCGCCCUCCCCAGUCCCUUCCCGCCCCCUCCCCCUGCCACUUGUGGCCUCCAGCGUGGUGACUGCACAGGAGUUUGGGGGCUCCAGGGCUCUGGGCUUUUCACCACCAGAGCAGAACCUGGCUGGUGCUGGGCCCGAUAGGCUCUCUCUGGGUAGAAAGGGGCCCCCAAGCCAAAGUCCUCUGGGGUUGGGGGCAGGGUUGGGCAGGCAUUCUUUGGGCAGGGUGGGGGAGGGGCAAGAGUAUUUUUUCUUCGUGUAACUAUAAAUUCAGAAUCUAUCCCGCAUCCCAACCCGCCUGUGUAUAGAGAUAUAAAUAGAGCGAAAGAUAUAAGAACUAAAUUUGCUAAUGACAUAGUCUUAACCCAAAUGUUAUUUAUUUGAGGCUUCUCCCGUCCUCUGCAGACAAGUUGAGAUCAUUCCUUCAUUUUCUUCUCCACCCUCUUGGCUUCUGACCAAAAAUCAAACCCUGCCCCAUCCCCAUCCAGGACCUGCAGCAGAUGAGAGGGAAGGAGCCCUGAACUGGGGGACCAGAGGGGCACCGGCGACUGCCCUUCCUCGAGGCCAGAGCCGGGGCGGGGGGUAGGGUGGGUGGGUGGAGGGGAGGUAUCUAGACUCUCAGUUUGUACAUUUUCCAAUUUGUAAUUUGAGUUCCAAUUGUGGUAAAACUUAAUUUCUCCCCGGUUAUAUAUAUAUAUAUAUAUAUAUAUAUAUAUAUAUAUUUAGAGUUGAGUUUUUAUUUAUUAAGAACAAAAGAACCCAGUCCUGCCGAGGCCUGGUGUCCACUGGGGGAGCGUCCUCAGUCCGGGGGUCUCGGGGCCUGGGUAGGGGCGGCCCGGCCACAGACUCUCGCUCUGAUGCACGGACUCGAGAGAUGACACUUUGUGUGAAUAAAGUACGUAUGGACACUUG